GGUGGCAUUGGAGCAGCAGCUUCCUGCGGGCCACGGACGUGCAGACGACGACGACAACGAGCUGGAAGGCGACGACCAACCCCGCCGGCGCUCGAACCGCCCGGCGCACGGGAGGGAUGACGUAAUGUCACCCGCCUCAACGCUCACGGAGUCACUUCCGGCGCCGCCAUUUUCUCAUUCUCUAAUGUGAGCCGAGUGCAGGUUAAAGCGGGGGGAAGAAGAGGAGCCCGUUAGUCGGCGCCGGCGGAAUCAACGCGGAGCGGAGGGAGCCAUCGGACAGCGCGGAACAUGUCGGACUUCGACAGCAAUCCCUUCGCGGACCCGGAAUUCAACAAUCCUUUCAAGGAUCCAUCAGUUACACAAGUGACGAGAAAUCCACCACCAGCAUUAGAAGAAUACAAUCCUUUCACAGAUGGACGCAAAGCACCAUCAGGAAAUAUUGAAAAGCCUCCAAUGCCCAGUACGCAGCCAGCUAUUAUGAAGCCUACAGAGGAGCCUCCCACAUAUGCUCAGCGUACACAGGAAACUGCUGCAGCCCAGGCUGAGUUGUUGAGACGUCAGGAAGAACUAGAGCAAAAAGCAGCAGAGCUUGAUCGGCGAGAGCGUGAGAUGAAAAAUCUCAGUUAUGAUCCUCGGAAGAACAAUUGGCCUCCACUUCCUGAACGAUGUCCUGUGGGGCCAUGUUUCUAUCAAGACCUCUCGGUAGAUAUCCCUGUUGAAUUUCAAAAGACAGUCAAGAUGCUCUACUACUUAUGGAUGUUUCAUGCAGUAACACUUCUGGUAAAUAUUUUUGGUUGCCUUGCCUGGUUCUGUGUUGAUAGCUAUCGAGGCGUGGACUUUGGCCUGUCCAUUCUCUGGUUCUUGCUUUUUACCCCAUGUUCGUUUGUUUGUUGGUACAGACCACUUUACAAGGCUUUCAGGAGUGACAGUUCCUUCAGCUUCUUUCUAUUCUUCUUCGUAUUUAUCUGUCAGUUUGCUGUCCAUGUUCUACAAUCAGUAGGAAUUCCACAGUGGGGGAACUGUGGUUGGAUUUCAGCACUAACAGCUCUUAAUAAAAGUAUCCCUGUCGGUGUUCUGAUGAUGAUUAUUGCAGCAGCUUUUACUGGUUCAUCUGUUGUCUCGCUAAUUAUGUUCAAAAAGGUGCAUGGAAUGUAUCGUACUACAGGAGCUAGCUUUGAAAAAGCUCAGCAAGAGUUUGCGACAGGAGUAAUGUCAAACAAAACUGUACAAACCGCUGCAGCAAAUGCAGCCUCUACUGCUGCUCGUGGUGCUUUCAAAGGCAACCAAAUCUAAAGGAGGAAGGGAGCACACCAGCUCUCCAAACGCAUUUCAUCUAAUCCAUGUACCACUCCAGUCAUUACAACCAUACUGAUAUCUAUGAACAUGAUCUCGUCAUAACUCAGCAUGAACCUUUAUAUGGGGGAAAAAAAAUUUAAAAAAACUUCAUGUAGCCCUUGAAUUAGGUUUUCGCAUGGGCUAAAAAAUGACAAACAGUACUCUUAUACUUGCUUGACAGAAACAUUCUUUUUUAAUUGCUUUUUAUUUUCCAUAGAUAUUUUGGAUCAUACUGACCUUUUUUCUCUUUUUUGUUAGCUAAGCUGUAAAUAGCAUGUUUCACUGUCUCUUUAAUAUUGUAUUUCUGAAUUACUGGAGAAUCUUGCGUCUUCUGUGCUACACUGGAUUGCUGUCUAAUUUGCACGCAACUUUGUGAUAUUGAAGAAUUGUUUGUACUACCAGUGUACAUUUGGAUUGGAAUUUUUUUUUGUGUGAAGCAUCACCUGUAACUGCCCUGAAAAAAAAACACUUCCAAGUCGAUGCUCAAGUACCUUUAACCAUUUUUAUUUUUUUGCAAUUUUUCUCUUUACUCUCCUACAUUGCCUGUUUAACUAAAAAUGCCAUCCAUCAUUCUUAUACAUUUUAGUGCUGUAAUCACACGGUUGAUUUACUGUUUCUAUCAUAAUUGAAUACAUGAUCUUAACUAAGAAUCCUAAACUGUUGGAGUAUAAGCUGUGUAGCACAGUGUAAUUUGAUGUUAAAUACAAGUGGAGUGAAUUGUUUGAAAUGUCUUUUGGAAAUUGAACUGCAAUAAUUAAGUAUGUUGUGCCUUCAACUAAUACAAAUUGACAGUGCAAAACAAAUUCCUGCCAUAAGAGUCCUUGAGAAAUUUGAAUUCUACUUGUAAAAAGGGUUGUACUUACCCACUUUAAUUGGAUUUUUAAAAAAAUCAACCAUUGGCAUGCUCAGUAGCAUUUUGGGCUAUCGCUGGGCAUCUAAGUUCAUUGGAUCAUGUUUUGGGAGUAUUCAAUUUUGUUUCCAGUUAAACUAUUGCUUUAAUUAGAUUUCUGAAGGCUGUAUGAAUAGAAGAGUUAAAAACGGUUGAAUUGACUGCUUUUUAAAAUGUGACAUUGAUAAGUAAAGCAACUGAUUGUACUACUGUUAAAUGUUUCAGUCUUGUUGAUCAAUGAGAUCAUCUCAUGCUUUCGCGAUGGAUGUUAUUAUGAUUGAUUAGCUGUUGAUUAUGUGUCUAACCCUUUUGCAGGCCUAAUCUAGAAGUGGUAUAUAUUUUUCUUGUUACUAGCAGUCUUUUUUCCCCUCUCUGCUGCUUCCUAAAAUCAGCAAUGCCACUGAAGAAAAUCCUGCUUCUAAGAUGGGCCUGAAGAAGAAAGGACUUAAUUUUGAAGAAUGGAUACUGUAUUAUGUGGCUGGAUUUGGUAAAGUAAAUGCAGUCCCUGAAAAUGGAAUUGUAUAAAGUUAUCUUGUGUAUACAGAAUUCUUCAAUACUAAAGUUAAUUUUAAUCUGAAGUGCUCAUCAGAUUUCAAAAACUGGAUUUAGUCAGCUAAUCUAUAAUUGCAGGAGUGUUUGUAUGUAGACCACAAACACUUUUGUACUGCAUUUGCAAUCCUGGUUAUUACAGCGUAAUGUUACAGAUCUUCCUGCAAUGUUGGAUCCCAUUUUGCUUUCCAUUUUAUUUGACUCUGAAGAGCUAUUGAAGUGUACAGUUUAGGGUUUGUGUGUGUUAGCUUGACUUUUAAUUACAGUUGAUAGUAAAUUAUUUGUUUUAUUUCACUUGUACAUCAAAAUUUUUCUGAGUUGCCGUAUAAAUUGAAUUUUGAGGGAUAAUGUAUACAAUUGAUCUUAUAGGCAGUUGUAACAUUUUUUCAGAAAUUCUAGGCAUAUUAUGGAUCAGAAUGUACAUUGUCUAUAGUAUUAUGACUUAGUGUUGAAAUAGAUGAUUUCAAUUAGUGUGUAUAAGUACCAUAAAAUUACCACUACUACUUCACCCAUGACUAUUAGUACCAGUCAAGAGAAAGCAGUAGGUUUUGUUUACUCCACAAUUGGAGCGUGACAUUUGAUGCAACCAGGAACACUCUGCAGCUCUGGACACAGCACCAUCCAUUUAUUAGCAGGCACAGUCAGAAUAUCUUCAGAAGUCAUGCUUACCUGUGAAUGACUUGAGACGAAUAUAGGAUGGCAGGCAAGGAAUUUAUAACGCAAACUUUAAUAACCCUUGCCCCCUCCCCCACCAAGCUUUGAACAAAUAAGUUUGUAAUAAGCAUUUCCUCAAUUACACAUUUUUAACCAAAUUGCAAUUGAAAUAUAUUUUUAAAAAAUUGUGAAUGAAAUCUUGAUUUGUACGAUAUUUAAAGGGUUGAUUAUGAAUAUGUGAAUGGAGUGCUUUUUAGUAGAGUUAUCAUUAUGACCAAAUAUCUUGUUUCGGAUGGAAUCAAUGCCUACAAAUGGUAAGUGACAAAUUGUUCUGUUACUUGUACUUCUGUUAAAUGUUACACUAAAUGUUACAAGAGGCACUGAAGGGAAUAUUAUCCUUUGUUAAUUUAUAUAAUUAGUGAUAUUGCUAUAUUUUCUACUUUAAAUUUGUGUAGUACUGUGAUAUACCUUAACUAAAUUGUAAAAUGGUGCAAAAUGGCAAUAUUUGUUAUUAAGCUUUUGGGUAUUCAAGACUUAAAUUUCAAUGGUGGUACUUGCCUUGAAGUGAACAGAGAGAGUAACUUGAGCAAGCCUUAUCAUCAGGCUAAACGUAGAUUUGGACUCUACUAUUUCAGUGGUGAAGAUUGAGUUUAUGUAUCCUCUGGGUUGCUAGUAUCUUAAAUUAAUUGGUUUUGUUAAUGAAUGAAGUUAUUGAUCUGAGAAUCUAUUUAUUUCUAAGUGUUAAUUGUGGCUUGUUAAUUUGUGUACUUUUAGGAAUUUUGGUGGCUUAUAUUUGUAGCCUUGCCGUUUUGGAAAAAAGUGCAAAACUUGAAGGAAGAAACAGAUGAUGAUGGAGCAUUCCUAUUUUUCUGUUUAGAAAGUCGAGGUGAUUUACCUGACUACAGAGUAAAUAUAACCUAGAUUUCUCUUAAUAAGAAAUGGAGAAACAUUUGAAUUCUAUAUAUCCUUUUCACUUCAAAGAAGCUUAAGUCAAUCAGGAAAGAGGCUUAAUUGGAUUUAUAGAUCCUUACCGUAAUCUACAUGAGCACUAGCAGUAUGUCAGCAGCUCAGUUGUAGUUGAGCCAUCUGAUGUGGCAUGGAGUUGUACCAUGUAACUUAUAAUUGAGAGCACAUGGAUCAAAAAAUUGAUAAUGCUGAGAAAGUGCAGCAAUUGUUAGUAAUCUAGAUUUCAGACAUAUGUUUCCUUUUGGUGGUUAGGGUAGAAAGAAUAAAUUUGCACAUAGAAACAUGCAUAUUUCUUUCACAGAGUGGCUGUAUGCUCCCUUCAGGCUUUAAAAUCGCACAGACAUGGAGAAUUCUCAAUAGUUUGUCAAGAGAUAAGUAAGGAACUUUCACUAAAAGAAUGAGGAAACCACUUAGUAAAGCAGAAUCUAUAACUGAACAGGCUAACAUGGUUUACAGUUAAACAUUAAAGAAUGGAGAGAAUUACCUGCUGGAAACAUUGUGAUCAAAGCAGAAGGCUGAAAGGCAAAUAGAAGUUCAGAAGUGAGUACGUUAAGACAGAGCUUCUGAAAUUACUUCAUGGAUUUGGAGGGCAUCUUUACCAAUUGAUCUUUGAUAUUUAGCAAAAAGAUACGAAAAACAAAGUGGAUGACAAGCCUUCCGACUGAAGCGUUACAUUGGCAAAUUUAUUUCUCAGUUUUUAUUUGCUAAGACUAGAAUUCCAAGUUAAGAAAUGUGUUGACACUGUCAUGCGUGGCUUACUUGAACAUUGAGGAGUAGCUUUUUGCUAAAUAUCAAAGAUCAACUGCAUUGCAAUGAUUAAACAACAAAAACAUUGAAUAGACUGAAAAUUAAAAUUGCACCCUCUGGUGUGCUGUGAAACCAUGCACAAGGACAAGCGUCAAUGCUUAAUCUGUGAGUUUGCUGAAGUCAGCCAGGUAAUUAAAUUGAAAAUCAAGAAACUGCUGAUGCUGAAAAUCUGAAACAAAAACAGAAAAUGUUGGAAACACUCAGCAACUCAGGCAGCACCUGUGGAAAGAGAAAGAGUUAAUAUUUCACAUUGGAGACCCUUUGUCAACCUGAAAAUUUAAUUCUUUGAUGGAAGUGCCUGUUUAUGUGGAAAUUAGCAAAGACCAGAUGAGAUUUAGUUUUGCUCUCUGCCUUUGGAUACAAUACAAACGUAUGAAAAAUAAUUAUUUAGGCAACAUAGCAGCAAAAUUCUGAUUCCCAGGAAAUUGUAUUGGUCUAGAGAAGAAAAUUAACAAAAAGAAGAAUCUUAAUUAGCAAAAAAAUUACGAAAGAGAAAAACAAAGUGGAUGACAAGCCUUCCGACUGAAGUGUCACAUUGACAAAUUUAUUUCUCAGUUUUUAUUUACUAAGACUAGAAAUCCAAGUUAAGAAAUGUGUUGACACUGUCAUGCGUGGCUUACUUGAACAUUGAGGAGCUUUUUGCUAAAUAUCAAAGAUCAAUUGCAUUGCGGUGGUUAAACAACAGAAACAUUGGAUCACUGGGCUAUUUAAAAUUUUACUUAAAAGUUUAUAAAUUAUCAUAAUUGGAUCUAUUUUGAUUUGAUUUGAUUUAGUAAUGGGAGUUCAUUAAGCCCUCUGAAAACUUCUACAAGGAAAGUGAAGGAAGACUUGAUACUGACACUUAUUCAUAAACCUGGCUUGAAACUGAAUUUCAGAAUUAAGCAUUUUAAAAUGUGGGCAUUUGCCAGGAGGAUCAUUUGUCACGCCCCACGUUCAUCAGAACCAACUGAUACAUAAUGUUUCUUCUUGUCCCAUCUAGUUGACAGUAUGAAUAAAUUAAUGUAUUUUGUCUUGAAAUGUUUUAAUCUAACUUCUGUAUCGAGCAGUUUGAUCUUUCUACAACUAGAUGUGGUGAAGAGUGUGUCACAUUAUUCAUUCUUUUGGGUAUAGUAUCUCAAUUCGUUAAUGCUUUGAGUACUAUGAAUCUACAGUUCUCUGGCUUGUGAAGAAGCUGCAGAAUUAAUUUUUGCAAAGAAAACCUAACAAGAAUAUUGUUAUAAAAUGGGAUUUUUUUCUGUCUUUUUACCAUUGCUUCAGUUAGAUAAUUUUAUUCCUGGAUCCAUUAUUGCCAUUUUGAUAUUGAUUUUAUACUUUGAAAAGUUCCAUACAGCAAUUAAACAACCAGAUUAGUGAGGGCAUGUUUACUUUUAGAUUCUGUUGUGAAUGCUAGCCAUUUUUGUUUUGAAAAACUCCGGCUUAGUUCAAUGCUGGGAUUUGAUAGUUAAAGUCUGACUGGAAAUUUGCAAACCGAUACAUAUGCAGGCAAAGUUUUGCAGUUCUCCCAGAAUGGUUUUUCUGGGAUAUAGGACUUUUUGAAGAAACUGGAUGAUGUAAUGGGAAGCCAGAUGCUUGGGUUUUCUAAAAGGGUGAAAACAAAUGGACCAAGAGGAUAUUUACAUUCAAGCCAAUCCUGUGAAAUUCUUUCCAAAUUGAUGUUACCGCAGCAUUAGUAACAUUUUUAAAAAAAACUGUAAAUUCAAGUGCAAUGAAAUAAGGCAAUAUUUGACCAAGGAAUUUUGCAGUGUGAUGUAUUUAUGUUCUAAUUUGGCAGAAUGUAUAAGUUUUUGCACAGCUGCUAACUUUUUCAAAAUGCAGUGUUUUACCUUGUUUAAGUCAACUGAUCAUAACAUUAUGAUUUGUAAAGUUAUGCUUCAAUAGCAAUUUUUUUCAAAAAAAUAACAUGUUCAUCCUUCUAUAGUAGUCUGUUAAGCCUAGUUUUCAUUCAUGCACUUGAAAUGCUAACAUGAAUAUUUUAAGUAUUAAGUCCAUAAUCAUAUUGCAUUGAUUUAUUAAAAUCACAGGUAUUUAUUUGUAUAUUUUGUAAAUUGCAUUCUGCCAUUGUUUGGAGUUGCAGUACACUGUAUAAAUGCGCUUUCCACCCUAUAAUAAAAACAACCC